AUGCGUCGGUGCGCGCGCCUCGUCCACCUCUUCCUCCUCCUCGUCCUCGCUGGCGGCGCCGGCGCCUCCUCCCGCCUAGCCGGCGGCGCCCCGGGCUCGGCGGGCGCCCCGGACGGCUUCCCCGCGUGCCUGGAGGAGCUGCUCCCCUGUACGGCGUACCUCAAGACGGCCAAGCACCCCUCGCAGACGUGCUGCACCGCCAUGCACAACGCCGCGGCGACGGAGAUGCCGUGCCUCUGCCGCCUCUUCGCCAACCCGGAGCUGCUCAGCGACUUCAACGUCACCCAGGACCAGAUGUUCCGGCUCCCCGCGCGCUGCGGCCUGCCCGUCGGCUGCCGCGCCGGGGCCACCGCCGCCCACGACCCAGUCGUGGAAGCGCCGCCGCCGCCGCCCGCCGGGACGCACCACCACCAGCACGGCGCCUCGCCGAGGAGCAGCGAGUUCUGGAGCGUCUGGCGCGUGGCCGCAUUGGUGGUUUUGGGCCAAAUGGUGCCAGUGGCUGCGGUAUUCUAGGCUAUUGGGGAAGAUCUCGAGCCGAUUCCUAAUCUUUUUUUUUUUGCUAC